CUCUGAUAUGACAGAUCCCUCGUGACGUCACCGGCUCCUUCCAUGAAACAAAACAUGGCGACUCCCAUGGAGCUGAGAUGUUGGGGAAGCGACUGGGGUUUGCCAUCUGUCCACACCGAGUCUCUCAUAGUUCUGGCGUAUGCCAAAUUCUCGGGGGCAAAGGUCACGGUUUCUCCUAUAGACUGGACAUGGAAGACGUUAACAGGUGGGCUGCAGCUUCCUCUAAAUGCAGUGCUUCCCAUGCAUCGACUGUCCCGGAGUUGGUGUGUGGAGAGUCCACAGUGACAGAGCCUACACAGAUUCUCAACUUCAUGAGGAAACAGAGGUUUAAUGCAGACUAUGAGCUGACAGCCCGACAAGGAGCAGACACCAUGGCUUACAUCGCCUUGCUUGAGGAGAAACUACGGCCCGCACUGUUGCACACAUUCUGGGUGGAUGCAGAAAACUAUGCCAAUCUGACACGGCCGUGGUUUGCCUCUCGCUCGCCGUUCCCUCUGAACUUCUUGGUGCCCCGUCGCCAUGCCAACAUGGCCCUCUCCCGCAUCCUGCUGACCAAAGGAGAGGCGCCGCUACACAGAAUCACUGAGGUGGAAGGAAAGAUCUACAGUGAUGCUAAAGAGUGCCUGAACCUCCUCUCCUACAGACUGGGAACAGCUAACUACUUCUUUGGCAACUCGCCGGCCAGUCUGGAUGCCUUUGUGUUUGGUUUUGUGGCUCCGCUCCACAAAGCCGGUCUCCCCAGCAGCCCUCUGCAGAGCCACCUCCGACAGCUGGCCAACCUCACGCGCUUCUGUGACAACAUCCUCAGUGUAUACUUCAGUUCCAGUCAUCCGGGUCCUCCACCACCUGUUCAGGAAACGGUGGAUGCCAACCUCCAGAAACUAACUCAACUUGUAAACAAAGAGUCCAACUUAAUAGAGAAGAUGGAUGACAACCUUCGCAGCAGCCCUCAGCACAAACCCCACAGGCCAGACCCCAAAUCCAGUCUGGCCAAUGAGAAGAGCUCUACCCCUGCCUAACCCUUGACCCUUCAACCCGACCCCCAACAUCCAGCCUUAGGAAUGAAGACGGUGUGCUCUUGUAAUCUGCCCGAGACCAACAUCCUGAAAUCCUGUAGUAAUUAGUGGAAGUACGACUACAGAGGUAUAAAAAAAAAGGGACACUUUUAAGUUUUAUCAAUCAGCGAUAAUGAUGAUAGAUUUAAAAGAAGUUGGUUUGAAAAAGAAGGGAAAGUGCAUGUGUAAGGUUUUUGAGAAGUUUGAGUUCAUGUUCGUGGUUCAGUGGAAUGCUGUGAAGUGGUGUGAAGUGAGGAAGGCUCAGAAAGUUUAAAGGAGAGCCGAAGGAAAUGAAAAGUCCCGAAGGGAAAAGUGGUGACACUGUUAAGAUGCUAUACAGACCCUUCAGUGGGCGAGUUUUCCUUUGGUUCCAUUAACCCCUUCCUUCUCUUUUUUCCUUUUGUUUUGUAUUGAAGGGAUUCAUAUUUUAUGUUUAAAUUAUAGCUUGUUUCAAAUGGUAGUGCGGUUGUUGCACCAUAAACAUAUCAGUCAUAUUCCAUGUGGAGAAUACUGUAUUAUAUCUAUCUCUAUCUAUCUAUCUAUAUCUCUAUAUCUAUGUAUAGAUCUAUAAAUAUAGAUAUAGAUAGAUAUAGAUAUGGAUAGAUAGAUAGAUGGAUAGAUAGAUCUAAACUGGGUUACGGACACUACUGUCGCUAAAGCAGACCCAUGUAUGGGUUAUAGCACCUUAUGGCUAGAUCUGCAAUUCAGCAUCAUGUUUGGCUUUUAUAUGCUAUUUAUUUAGUUUAUGUCAUAUAUGUCAUUUAUGUAACUGAGAUUAGAAUUUCUGUUAGGAUUUUGAAGACUGUAGCUCCCUUUCAAGCAUAUAUCCUUCCUGAUAUCCAUUGUACUAAUGUUAUGUAAAUUCUAAUAACAUUCAAAUGAGUAACAUGUACAGUACGUAUGCGAUCAAAUCCUUAAGGAAUAGUCAGUUACUUCUAUUGCUUUGCUUCCUCCUCCUUGUGGAGUUCCUGUUUUUUCCAAAAGCUUUGUAUAGUUGUAUAUACUUGAGAUUAGUUUGAAGUUAACAAAUCAGUGCACUUCACCUAUCAUUUCCUCUAAUAGGGCUGAUCAGCUUGUUCACAACUUUUGCUAGAUACACUGUGGUAAUUGGAGGGUCUUGCACAAGCUGUAUUAAUUCAUGCAAUAUAUUUGGGAUUAAUGUUUGAUUUUUUGUUUUGUUUUUUCUCCUAUAGUCAUGAUCUCGUGUCAGAAUCUGUUAUUACUAGUAUGACCAUUACUGUUUCUUUCUCCGCAUUCGCAAGAAUUGCUUUAUCAGUACCAAUCCAGUCACUUUGUGUUGUCACUGUGUGUUUUCACCAUGUGAAAUCAUUUUUGUAAACCAUUUGCCUUGUUUUGAUCUGUCUUUUGUGUUGCCGUUGGCUGUGCCUGUUGAAUCUUGUUUCAUGUGAUCAGUCUGUUCCAUGUGGGAAUGUCUCAUGAGCUGCCUUUUGCACUUCAUUUUUACAGUCUGAAUCACAAAACAGAAUCAGAAUCAGAAAUACUUUAAUGACCCCUGAGGGGAAAUUGGCUCAACUGAUUAGCUACUGAUUAUCUAGUAUGGAAAUAAGACUGCAAAAUGAAGCGCUAGUGAAAUCUUUGCCAUUUUCUCUAAUAUCCUCACAGUUCACACAGUAUUGAACUGUGUCUACCCCAUAUGAUUGCUUUCCUAUUUUACUAUGUUGUGUUUUUGUGGCCUUUUUUCCUGGCUGGUUUCUGUCAGUCUGAAAAUAAUAAUAUUUACUUGUAAGGAUACGGGGACUAUUAUGCAACUCCCAAAUUCACUUCAUGGAUACAUUCCUUUUAAAAGCACUGUAUACUGAAACAAAAGUUGGGAUUGAGGUAUGUUCACUGUCCGUCACAGAACGUGUACAACAGAUUAUGGGUACAGUGUGCCUUUAUGACUGCCGAUAGCUUUGUACAACUGUCCUGUCAAAUAUGCCAACGAAGUUCCUCAUAAUUUUGAUAUGUUUUCAUAGAUUAUCUUUGUCAUUUCCAUUGCUCUUGUUCAUACUCUAUGGAUAGCUACCUGUUUUCAUACCAUGGCAAUACAAAUAUGAUAAUCCAACCACA